AUGGGUCUCAUAGGCCAAAUUUGCUGGGCAAUCUGGAAGCAAAGGAAUGAAUGGGUCGUCUUGCAGCAAAUGCCUAAUGUGAAGGUGAUUCUUAAGAGGGCUAUGGGUCUUCAUGGGGAAUUCUUAGCAGAAACUUGUUCUCAGAUAAAUAUACUAGCCCGUAAUCAUGGUGAUAGUAAUGUCCCAAAGUGGCAACGUCCCCUCAACAGUAGCUGGAAAUUUAACUGCGAUGGGGCCUUCAACCCCUCGGACAAGUCUACUGCUUUUGCUGUCUUAGUUAGAGAUGACAAUGGAUCAGUGGUUGAAAUUAACCAUGGGAGAAUCAGAGUUUCUUCGGCGCUGGCUGCUGAAGCUUGGGCUAUUAGGAUUGCAGUGUCAAUGGCCCUGGCUUGGGGGAAGAAGGAUGCUGUGAUUGAGUCGGACUGCCAACCCCUGGUCAAUAUGCUCCAACCAAAGUCUGUCUUGAAGAAUUGGACCAUUCUAGCUUUUCUGAAUGAUAUUUUUUCCUUUUCUGCUAAUUCAAACUUUGUUUUUAGUUGGUGUAAUCGUCAGGCCAAUAGAUGUGCUAACUGGAUUGCCUAUAGUAGACUAGGUGUUGGUAUUCCCCUUGCCCCUUGUAAUCUCCCUGAUGAGCUCUGCUUCCUGAUUUGUUCAGAUCUUUAA